GGACACAGGUCCCCUCUUCGACGGGAGGUCUCCACCGACCACAUGGCAGUUCCGCCUUCGUGAGGCAUGGGCAAGGUGUGGGGGGAGGAGGGUUCGCAGGACAACCUUUGCACCAGGCCAUGAAUAAUGUCACUGGUGAACCUCGUCCCAAUGUUGUCACGGACGGUCCAGGUCUGUCAUCACCAGUCACGCCAGUGCACAAGUUGAGAAUCGGGGCGGGGGGUGAGGAUGAGCAGAUUCUCAAGCACCGUCUGAGGAUGCAUGCAAUGGCUAUUCCCGACAUCGUCGAAGGGGCCGUCGGAGGGUGUGAGUCCCCUGGUCCGCGUACUCGGGAGAGGGGAGAUGGUGGUCCCAGUCCGUCUGGGGGCGUUUCUAGAGUGAGUGAUGCGGUGCACUCCCAAGAACGAAGUGCUCCCUCUCAUAUGUCACCAGUUGGGCAGGAGAGUCAUGGUCAUUCUCAAAUUACGACCCCGGCCGGUGGCAGGACGCAGCAAGGAUCCGAAGUAGGAGCACCACACUCCCCGUAUGUCCUUAACCAGAUCAUCUUGGAAAACGAGCUUGGUGUCCACCCUGUGGAUCAUGUUCCUUACCAUGCAGAUGGAAGUGAUGCCGGUGGUGUGCACACUUUGCCCCAACACAAGCCUCCACGGUGUGGAUCUUUUGGCACAGCAGGUAUUGGCACACCAUCCCCCGCCACCGGGAGGUCUAGGUCACGGCAGGUGCCAUCCACAGCUGAUGCGGGGGCUCCAACACCCACAGGUGUGUCUGCGCGAUCUGGUUCGCCCUCACCAAACAACGACCCAUGGGGGGAAACAGAAACCGAGUGGCUUUGUCGGUUCCGGAACGAGGUGAAGGACAUGAUGGGUAACGAGACCGAAACGUAUGGGCGCGCCAGACUGAAAGAAGGAUUCUGGAAGAUCGUCGAGCAGCGAAUGCGAGACAAGGGAUACAACCGCAAAGACGACGAAUGCAAAAACAAGUUUAAUCAGAUCCUCGACUUCUAUAGGAGACUUAAGGCAAACGAGAGAUGGUCCGGUUAUCCGAGCUAUUGGGAUAUGAACAGCGCAAGGCGGAAGCGGUACAAUGUCGACUUCGUGCUUCGGCGUAGUUGGUACGACAUUAUCGACCCGGCUGAGAAGGACAAGGACUCCAUCAACCUGACGAACUUGCUGGAUUCAGGCGCAGACGAGGAAAGGGUUGAAGAUAACGAAGAGGCGCGCGACGCGGAUGGGGGGGAAGAUGGUGGGGGUGAGGACACAGUCCCAGGUGCGGGAGGGUCCACUGGCGGGUUGCAAGGUAUUGGUUUCGAGCCCACACUUGGCAAACGCAAAAGAUCUUCUGUGAAUGUGCGUGAAGCAAGUGUGUAGUCUGUGACAGGUGCUAUGCGUGCUCACACGGCAGCACUGACGCGUUCUGACAGGGAAUGCGCGAAGCUGCGGGGUGAG